AUGGCCUGCUACAACCGCUGCCAGCCCUGCGGACCCACCCCGCUGGCCAACAGCUGCAACGAGCCCUGUGCCCUGCAAUGCCAGGACUCCCACGUUGUCAUCAACCCUUCCCCCGUGCUGAUCACCCUGCCGGGACCCAUCAUGACCUCCUUCCCCCAGAACACCGCUGUCGGAUCCACCUCCUCAGCUGCUGUUGGCAGUGAACUCAGUGCCCAGGGACAGCCCAUCUCUGGAGGCUUUGGUGGCUUUGGCUAUGGCCUUGGCUAUGGGCUGGGAGGCCUGGGCUGCUAUGGCAGAAGGGGUGGCUACAUCUGCUAA